AUGUCUGGAAAGGAAAAUGGAAAUCGUGAUCUUUUGAGUAGCCCAUUUGAUGAUCAGUUUGUCUUUAAUCCUAGUGAUUCGCUUCCUUCACCUUCUGCCGGGUACAAAUCCAAUUUAAACAAGAGGAACUUCUCUGGAUAUAGCACCAGUUCGUCGAAAGCUGGUGAUUACGAAGAUUUUGAAGAUGCGAAUUCAAUUGGUGAAACACCUAUGCUUGUUCAAGGUUCUUCAUUCUCAAAUCAUAACAAGUUCGAACCUAUCAACUUGAAAACAUCUAACUUAGAGGACUCAAAUGAGCACCUAAGAUUUCAAGAUGAAUUAGACGAUGAAGAGGAUGAAAAACGUGACACAUUCGGAGAACUGAACAAUGAUGGUUUGAAAAGAAACAAGACGACAUUUCAGAGACUGAGAUGGGGUACUCAAAGGAAGAAAGACGGCAGGCCUUUGAAAAGAAACAAAACAAUUAGAAAAGUUAUUGAACAUUCUUUACCUCCUGGCAUUUUCCCCCAAGCCGACGAAUAUGAAGACGAAAUGAGAUAUGACAAUACGAACAAAGAUGAAAAAGAUAUUUCUCAUGUUAGAAGAAAUAUUUAUUGGAACUUGCCAUUGCCUGCUACAGAGUUAGACGAUGAGGGAAAUCCACCACAAUAUGCCAGAAACAAAAUCAGAACUACUAAAUAUACACCGAUCACAUUCAUCCCAAAAAAUCUAUAUUACCAGUUUGGUAAUGUUGCAAACAUUUAUUUUUUGACGAUGAUUAUUUUGGGUGCCUUCCAAAUUUUUGGUGUUCCUAGUCCGGUUCUUUCUGCGGUUCCUUUGAUUGUUAUUGUUGCGAUAACGGCAUUUAAAGAUGCAUUGGAAGAUUCAAGAAGGACAAUAUUAGACCUGGAAGUGAAUAACCAAAUUACCCAUGUUCUUAAAGGAAUGGACAAUCCAAAUUUCAAUGGUGAAAACAUCAGUUUAUGGAGAAAACUAAAGAAAGCCACUACUAGGGCAUUGAUUUUUAUAAUUAGAAAAAUUCGGAAUCAGAAAACGAUUGACCCCUUGGCUGAAGACAUUACGGCAAGAAAAUCAUUGGAUAGUAUUGAUUAUAGAAGAAGUUUUCAGCAAGAAAGAUAUGAAGAUGAAGUUUUUGAAAGUAGUGAUGCUAACCCCUUCAGUGAUCCCGUAACGAAACAAAAAGAGGAAGAAUUUAACGAUGGCCAAGGUUUCCCUUCUUUUGUCUCCCCUGGUUAUAACCGCGAUUCGAUUGCGCAUCCUACGUUCAAGAAAGAAUACUGGAAGAAUAUACACGUUGGAGAUAUUGUCAAAAUAAAAAACAACGAUCCCAUCCCUGUUGACAUCAUAAUUCUAUCUACCUCAGACUCUGAUGGUGCUUGUUAUGUCGAAACCAAAAAUUUAGAUGGUGAAACAAACCUAAAAAUCAAAAGUGCAAUGAAAUGUUCACAUAAUGAUUUAAAAUCUGUUGACGAAUUUGCGAAAUGUAAAUUCUGGCUCGAAAGUGAAGGUCCUAAGUCUAACUUAUACAGCUAUGAAGGUAACCUGAAGUAUUACGCUGAUGGUGAUGAAGAACGUGGUGUUAUUGCUAAUGAACCUGUUACGAUUAACAAUGUGUUACUAAGAGGAUGCAGUUUGCGGAACACCAAAUGGGUUGUGGGUAUUGUCGCAUUUACUGGUAAUGACACAAAAAUUAUGCUAAAUGCAGGUAUUACCCCAACGAAGAAAUCUAGAAUCGCUUCGGAUUUGAAUUGGUCUGUUCUAAUCAACUUCUUGAUUUUAUUCGUUCUUUGUUUUGUUUCUGCAGUUAUUAAUGGUGUUUAUUAUAGGAGAACCACUAAUUCAAGGGAAUAUUUUGAGUAUGGAAAUAUGGUUGGCUCCCCAGCUGUUAAUGGUGUUGUCAGUUUCUUUGUAGCCGUUAUUCUUUAUCAAUCAUUGGUUCCAAUUUCAUUGUACAUUUCCAUCGAAAUCAUCAAAACCGCUCAGGCAUAUUUUAUUUAUUCAGAUGUCAAGAUGUAUUAUGAAAAAUUAGAUCAUCCGUGUGUUCCAAAAUCAUGGAAUAUAUCUGAUGACUUGGGUCAAAUCGAGUAUAUUUUCAGUGACAAGACGGGUACUCUAACGCAAAAUAUUAUGGAAUUCAAAAAGUGUACGAUCAACGGUGUGAAUUAUGGUAGAGCAUACACUGAAGCUUACGCUGAAAUCAGGAGAAGGCAAGGUAUAAAUGUGGAGGAAGAAGCUAUUGCUGAGAGAAGGGGUAUUGCCGCAGAUAAAGCAGACAUGAUUGAUAUGUUAAGAGAGAUCAGUUCAGGCUCCGUUCCUAGUACUAUUGAGAAAGAUUUGACAUUUAUUUCCAAAAAAUUUGCACUUGAUUUAAAGGGACAUAGUGGUGAAACACAAAAGCAAGCAGCGGAGAAUUUCAUGUUAGCAUUGGCAUUGUGCCACAGUGUUCUAACGGAAAGGUCUGAAAAAGACCCCUCAAAGUUUGAGUUGAGGGCACAAUCUCCCGAUGAGGCAGCACUUGUGGGUACUGCUAGGGAUCUUGGAUUCUCAUUUGUUAACAGAACCAAGAAUGGAAUGAUUUUAAAUGUACAAGGAGUGGAGAAAGAAUAUCAAAUUCUAAGUAUAUUGGAAUUUAAUUCUACUAGAAAGAGGAUGAGUGCCAUAAUAAAACUACCUCCUUCCACACCUGGAGGUGAGCCUAGGGCUCUCUUAAUCUGUAAAGGUGCAGAUUCUGUUAUUUAUUCUCGUUUAAGUGAAAAGAAUGAUAAAACUUUGCUUGAAAAAACUGCUAUCCAUCUAGAACAAUUUGCCACAGAAGGUUUAAGAACCUUGUGUAUUGCGCAAAAACAACUGACUUGGUCACAAUAUUUGGAAUGGCAAGCACGUCAUAAAGCUGCUGCUUCCUCCUUAACUAACAGAGAGGCUAAGAUGGAAGAAGUUGCCUCAUCUAUUGAAAAAGACCUAAUUUUGCUUGGUGGUACUGCUAUUGAAGAUAGGUUACAAGAUGGUGUUCCUGAAUGUAUUCAGUUGCUAGGUAAAGCUGGUAUUAAAUUAUGGGUUUUAACCGGUGACAAGGUUGAAACUGCUAUUAAUAUUGGUUUCUCGUGUAAUCUUUUGCAAAAUACCAUGCAGUUAUUAGUCAUUAAGACUGCUGGCGAAGAUAUUGAAAAAAUUAUUCCUGAUAGUAUGAAAGAUUCAAUAAUGGAUGAUGGUAAUGAGGUUGUCAGGUUUUUAAUUGAAAAGUAUCUUGAGGAUAAUUUCGACAUGAUUGGAUCUCUAGAAGAAUUAGAGAAAGAAAGAAAAGUGCAUGCGCCUCCUAGUGGUAAUUAUGGUGUUAUUAUUGACGGUGAUGCAUUGAAAAUUGCAUUGAGUGAUUCAUUGAAAAUCAAAUUUUUGCUUCUUUGUAAACAAUGUAAAGCCGUUCUCUGCUGUAGAGUAUCUCCUGCUCAAAAGGCUUCAGUGGUCAAGUUGGUCAAGGAAAACUUAGAUGUUAUGACUUUGGCUAUUGGUGAUGGUUCCAAUGAUGUUGCAAUGAUCCAAGCUGCGAAUGUAGGAGUUGGCAUUGCUGGAGAAGAAGGUACACAGGCAGUUAUGUCUUCUGAUUAUGCGAUUGGUCAAUUUAGGUUUUUAGCACGUCUUGUAUUAGUUCAUGGAAGAUGGUCGUACAAGAGGUUGGCUGAAAUGAUUCCAUGUUUCUUUUACAAGAACGUUAUUUUUACGUUGGCGUUGUUUUGGUAUGGUAUUUAUGACAAUUUUGAUGGAACUUACUUGUUUGAAUAUACCUAUUUGAUGUUCUAUAACUUGGCCUUCACCUCCCUUCCUGUGAUCUUAUUAGGUAUUUUUGAUCAAGAUGUUGAUGACUAUAUAUCCUUGUUAGUUCCACAGCUUUACAAGGUGGGUAUCUUGAGAUCUGAAUGGACAGUUGAGAAGUUUUAUUGGUACAUGGUUGAUGGAUUUUAUCAGUCAAUUAUUUCAUUCUUUUAUCCUUAUUUCUUGUACUACAAGAGUGGGGUUAUAGGCAAGAUUGGUUUGACUCUAGAUCAUAGGUUUUACAUGGGUGUAUUGGUUGCUACAAUUUGUAUUGUUUCAUGUAACUCAUACGUGAUGCUAAGACAGUAUAGGUGGGAUUGGUUAACAUGUUUGAUCAAUUUCCUCUCCAACAUGAUUCUAUUUGCAUGGACAGGAAUUUGGUCUUCUGUUGUUGGUUCCGGUGAGUUCUUCAAAGUUGCUGCACGUCUUUAUGGUGCACCAUCGUUUUGGGCUUGUUUUUUCAUUGGUUUUUUGAUGUGUAUGUUACCACGUUUUUGCUGGGACUUUGCAUGCUCAGUCCUGUAUCCUAGUGACAUUGAGAUUAUACGUGAAUGUGUCCAAAAUGGAGACUUCAAGCAGUAUCCAAAAGAUUAUGAUCCAACUGACCCAAACAGGCCGGCAAUAUCUAAGUAUACACAAGAGCAUACCCUUGAAGCGCAUGUUUCACCAAUUGAUUUUCCUGCUCCUAACCCAUCAUAUAGAGAAACCAUCAAUGGUACAGGUGGUAGUCGUAAAGGUGCUUUCAAGCGGAUUUUCAGCGGAAAUAAUAAAUUCUCUCCUUCGAUCCCUAACACUGCAUCUCUGGAAUCGUUGGAAACUGAAGAAAUAGAGAUGGAUUUCCAGAGAGGACGUAUCAACGAAGAUGGUACAAUAACCAGUCCAAGCUUAUCGGUUAAAAACAGACAUCCACUUGAUCAUCUCGAAGAAACUAGACAAAGCAUGGAGAGAGAUCGUCCGGAUGAUGCUGAAAAUAGGAACUUAAGUUUUGAAGGACCAAGACCAAGCAUUGAUCUUCCUGAACUUACGAACGCAAGAACUUUAUUAAGCAAUCUAUCGAAAUGA